GGAGGAGGCCGACUGGGGACCAUGGAGACCCAGAGGGACAGCCCUUCCUUGGGGCGGUGGUCACUGUUGCUACUGCUGUUGGGCCUGGUUAUCACUCCGGCCACCCCCCAGACCCUUAGCUACGAGGAAGCUGUGCUCCGUGCUGUGGAUGGCUUCAACCAGCGGUCCUCAGAGAAGAAUCUCUACCGUCUCCUUCAGAGGGACUUACAGCCCGAGGGAGACGGGGAUCCAAAUACCCCGAAGCCUGUGAGUUUCAAAGUGAAGGAGACUGUGUGCCCCAAAACGACACAGAGGCCACUGGAGCAGUGUGAUUUCAAGGACAAUGGGCUGGUGAAGCAGUGUGAAGGGACAGUCAUCCUGGACCAGAACAGGGGCUACUUUGACAUCAACUGUGAUGCGAUUCUACAAGUCAGGAAAUUGGGCCAGCUGGGUGAGCUCAUCCAACGAGGUGGGCAGAAGAUUGGUGAGAAGAUUCAGAAUAUUGGCCAGAGAAUCCGUGACUUUUUUAGCAAUCUUCGCCCCAGGCAAGAGGCCUAAGGGUCUGCUUUUCCCUGGCUCAGGCUUCUGGACCCUGCAAAAUAAAUUUUUGUGAAAGCAA